AUGAAAUGUAUUUUUGUACAGGUCAUCAACUUAACUCCUGAUAUUCCAGCAGUAUCGCUGGAAGUCCCGUAUAACCCUGAGGAAGGCAAUCCGGUUUUAAGACGUUUCCUAGAAGAUACUGAAUUAGCCCUUAAAUUGAUUAAAAUGAGUAGAGAUUCCGAAAAAACGGCAAAAGUAGCAUCCAUGUAUAUGUCAGCAAUAAACACCAUGGCGUUACCAGAAAUCACAUCUAACGAUAUCACCAAUGCUGUUGCUGCAGGUGAUGGAAAUGUAAACAAUGUCGUAGCUAAUGCUCUAACGUUCCUGACAUCUCCUAAUCCAGACAUGGCUCGCAUUCAAGAGACAACAGCGGUUUUAACCAGUGCUACCCUGGAGGCCAUCGAAUUGCUAGUGGUGGCUCCAUAUACAGUCGGUCCUGGCAACACCGACAGCAACGGGAUCGUGUUACCUACCACAAAACCAUCAGUUGAGAUCCUCAUCAUGUUAACAUCGGCGUUGUCAACAACCAUUAAAAAAACGGAAAUUGUGAAGCCGGGUAUUGAGUCAGAUGUGUCGAAUGGCCUCAGUGGACUAAGUAAAGCUUUCUUGGAAACGCUGAACCAUAGCAGAGAUAUCAGCCAGAUUGAGUUUGCACUUGAAGGCGUGGUCGGGUUUGGCGACGACGAAAUGAACGGCACGCCAACGUCACAAUGCGAUUUCAUGACAGAGUUGGCGGUGGAUCGGUUAUGGAUGACAAUGACCGUGCUCACCAUGCACGAAUAG